AUGAGCAACCCAGAGCAAAACACGCUCUUCGAGGCCAUCAGGUCGGCCAAGAUCGCCGUCGAGACAGUGGUGGAUGACUGGCUGGAGACCUACAAGCAGGACCGGGAGACGGGGUUCCUGGAGCUCGUCAACUUCAUCAUCCGCUCCUGCGGCUGCAGAGGCGUGGUGACCCCGGAGAUGUUCAGGCACUUGCAGAACUCAGAGAUCAUCCAGCAGCUGACGGAGAAGUUCGACGAGGAUUCGGCCGAGUACCCGCUCUCGCUGGGCACCCAGCCCUGGCGCCGUUUCCGGGCUGGCUUCUGUGAGCUGGUGGCAGCGGUGGUGCGGCGGUGCCAGUACAGCGUUGUUUAUGACGAGUUCCUGAUGGACGCCCUCAUCUCCCUGCUCACUGGCCUCUCUGACUCCCAGGUGCGGGCUUUCCGCCACACCAGCACUCUGGCAGCCAUGAAGCUGAUGACAGCGCUGGUGAACGUGGCGCUGGGCGUGAGCCUGCACCAGGAGAACAACCAGCGGCAGUACGAGGCCGAGCGGAGCAAGGGGCCCAGCCGCCGGGCCACCGACAAGCUGGAGGCACUGCUGGAGAAGCGCCGGGAGCUCCAGGAGCAGCAGGAGGAGAUCGAGAACAUGAUGAACGCCAUCUUCAAGGGCGUCUUCGUGCACCGCUACAGAGACGUGGUGCCCGAGAUCCGGGCCAUCUGCAUGGAGGAGCUGGGGAUGUGGAUGAGGAGCUAUGCGGCCUCCUUCCUCACUGAUGGCUACCUCAAGUACAUCGGCUGGACCCUACAUGACAAGUGUGUGAAGGCGCUGCAGGGGCUGUACUGCUGCCGGGACACGGCCGCCCACAUGGAGCUCUUCACCAGCCGCUUCAAGACCCGCAUGGUGUCCAUGGUGCUUGACAAGGAGCCCGACGUGGCCGUGGAGGUGGUGAAGCUGCUGACGCUGAUGCUGGAGAACAUGGAGGAGGCGCUGACAGAGGAGGACUGCCAGAGCGUCUACCCUGUGGUCUACGUCUCCAGCCGGGUGCUGGCCUCCGCCGCCGGGCUUUUCCUCUACCGCAGGCUGCUGGACCCCCAGCGAGAGGUGGGCAGGGAGCCUUCUCAUGAUGGGGACAACAGGACCUUCUUCCGGCUGCUUCUGGCCUUCUUCAUUGAGAGCGAGCUCCACGAGCACGCAGCCUACUUGGUGGACAGCCUGUGGGAUUGUGCUGGGCCCCGGCUGAGGGACUGGGAGACCAUCAGCGCUUUGCUGCUGGAGGAGUCGCCCACCGAGGGCCUGGCAGACCGGCAGGGGGAGGCACUGGUGGAGAUCCUGGUGGCCAGUGUGGUCCAGGCGGCCGAGGGGCAGCCCCCGGUGGGCCGCGGCCCAGCCAAGAAGUUCUCAGCUGAUGCUGAGAAGGUGGCUCCGCUCCUGGAGGUGCUGCGCUGCUUCGACCUCAGCAUUUACUGCACCGGGCGGCUGGAGAAGCACUUGGAGCUGGUGCUGGGGCAGCUGCAGGAGGUGGUGGAGAAGCAUGUGGGGCAGGCAGUGCUGGAGGCUGCGUCCCACGCACUCCAUGCACUCUGCAACCCUGAGCUCGCCCUGCACGGCCGUGGGGACCUGGUGCGCAGCCGCCUUGCUGACCAGCUGGCCGACAAGUUCCACCAGGAGGUCACCGAGCUGCUCCAGGCCUCGUCCCUGGACGAGGAGGAGGUGUACAGCAUGGCGGCCACACUGAAGAGGAUCUCUGUCCUGUUCAACGCCCAUGACCUGACACCCUGGCAGCUCUUCAAGCCCUGCGCCCAGCUCCUGCAGCGCGCUGUGGACACAGGAGAGGUGCCCCCGCAGGUCCUUGUCCCUGCCAUCACCUGCCUCCAUUUUCACAUCCUCUGGGAGCUCUCUCACCUGCCCAGCACCAGUGUCCCUCAGGAGCAGCUGCAGAGCCUGAAGACCAGAGUCACCUCCUUCUGCUCGCUGUGCCAAAGCUGCCUGUCUGACGUGGAUGCCGGCGUCCGGGAGCAGGCCUUUGUGGUGCUCAGUGACCUGCUGCUGGUGUUCGGGCCCCAGCUGCCACGGGAUGGGCGGGAGGCACUGGCCCCACUGGUGCUGCUGCCCGACGCAGGGCUGCAGUCCCAGCUGGCUGCCUUCCUCAUGGACCAUGUCUUCCACCACGCCUGCAGUCACGAGGAGCUCUCGGCCACAGAGGACAGCGAGAGCCACAUCGAGGAGCUGCACCAACGCCGGGUGCUCCUGGCCGGCUUCUGCAAACUCAUCAUCUACGAUGUGCUGGAGCUCAGUGCCGCCUCCGACGUCUUCAAGCACUACGCCAAGUUUUACAGCGACUACGGGGACAUCAUCAAAGAGAUGCUGAACUGCACCCGGCAGAUCGACCGGCAGGAGUGGGCUCGCACCCUGCUGCUUAGCUUGCAGCAGCUGAUGACGGAGCUGCUGCUGCAGCAGGGCCCCGAGAUCCGGGCGGCUGAGGCUUUCCUGGAGAUCCGGGACCUGGCGCGGCGUUUCUCCCUCCUCUUCAGCCUCCAUCAGCUCCGCAACCGCCCGGCACUGCUCAGCAUGCACAAGGAGGGGAUCCAGUUUGCCUUCCAGGAGCCUCCGGGCCCUGGGCCGGGGCUGCCACCCCUCAACCUGCCCUUCCUGGAGGUGCUGAGUGAGUUCUCACCCCGGCUGCUGCGCCCCGACAAGGCCCUGCUCCUGGCCUACCUGGAGAAGAUGUGCCAGGAGCGGCAGUGGCUGGCGCCGCGGGACACGCCAUGGCCAUCCCUUGUCACCUACCGCAACUCCCUGCAGACGCAGGAGGAGGGGGGCUCAGUGAGCAGCCGCAGCUCAGCCCCCCGCCUGCGCCCCCUGCCCGGUUCCACUGCCAAGAGACCCCGCCUGGACGCACAGGACCCCGGCUCCGACCCCAGCCUCCUGCAGAGGCUCAGCCUGAUGGUGGAGGAGAAGGAGGAGGAGAAAGACGAGGUGACAAUUGAAGAGGAGAGCAAUGAGGAGAACACCCCAGAGCAGGACAGGACUCUGCUGGCCUCCCAGGACCGGCUCCGGGACCUUUUCGACUCCACCAUCCUGGGCAUCGAGGAUGCCUGA